UUGUUUGUUUAGAGCUGUGAUUGUGUUUAUCUAUAUAAAGUCCUGAGGCAAAUCUUGAUAUGUAUUCCUACUCAAUACAAGUAUCAUAAAAAUUCAUGGUCCAAUUGCGGGGGAAAUAAAUUUGUUCAAUGGUGUAUGACUCGUGGAUAGACAUGAAGUACAUUUGUUGAAGAGCGACACAUCAGUCGAAAUUCUCCUUGUAAAGACCUGACAUAAUGCACACUCAAAUGACCCCCAGAAAGCAGCCAAAGAAGUUUUAAUUAGCCUGGAUGAAUUUCAAGCACAUUUUGAGAUGUGGCCUGGAAAUAUUCUGACAUUUACAAAAGAAAUGUACUUGAAGAAGGAACAAAAAUUUCAUAUUUGAAGCAUCAUGGGUGAUAUAAGGAUUACUUUUGGCGACGUAUCUGAUUCUGAAAAUGAACUUGAAUUUUCAAGUGAUUCAGAAGUUCUUCUCAGCAAAGAUUCAGCUUUAAAUCUCUCAGAUUCUGAGGAUGACAGCGCAAUAAAAUCCACAAAAAUCGAGCUGCAGGAAUGCCAUCUCAGGAGCGUACCUGUGGAGGAGGAUGGGAUACCGUCCCAGAAUUCAUGCGGCUCCAUUCAUGUGGUGUUCGCCUCUAUCAUGGCCUCCUUGGGUGGAGUGCUGUUUGGAUAUGACAUAGGGAUCAUAUCCGGGGCAGUUCUACAACUCCGGGAUGAGUUCUGUCUGUCCUGCUCCUUCCAGGAGAUGGUCAUCAGUGCCAUGUUGAUGGGAGCUAUUGCAGGGUCAUUAAUUGGAGGGUUUUUGAUUGACAAGUAUGGCCGGCGAUUGACCAUCAUAGUCAAUACAGUUGUGUUUCUGCUGGGAGCCGUUGUCUUGGGAUUGUCACCUAACUACCCCUCACUGAUUGUUGGGCGUCUGCUCCUAGGAUUUGCUGUUUCGCUGUCCGCAACAGGCGAAUGUAUUUACAUCUCUGAGAUAGCACCUCCUAAAAAGCGAGGUCAGCUUGUGUCACUGAACGAGCUUGGGAUAACUUUGGGACUACUGUUGGCCUACCUCGUCAACUACUUAUUUAUCAAUGUCACCGAGGGAUGGCGAUACAUGUUUGGUCUGUCAGCCAUACCUGCAGCAAUACAGGGGGUGGGGAUGUUUUUCCUACCUAAAAGUCCUCGCUUCCUGGCCCUAACAGGCAAAGAUGCGGAGGCAGAAGAAGUUUUGUUGAAGUUGAGAGAUGGGAGAAAGAUGCAGGUACACCGGGAACUGGAGAAGAUAAAAUCAUCGUUAAGCAAUGAAAAGGAACACUCUGGCCUGGGCCUGCUGAGUUCCAGUGACAACAUGAGAGGCAGGAUGUUCAUCGGAGCUGGACUGGUAUUCUUUCAGCAGUGCACUGGCCAGCCCAAUGUGUUGUACUAUGCUCCAACAAUAUUUGAGGGAAUUGGAUUUGAGUCGGAUUCAGCAGCCACAUUAGCUACAGUUGGACUGGGCUGUGUCAAGGUUGUGAUGACUGUGAUAACUCUGUGCUGUGUUGACAAGUGGGGGCGCCGGCGGUUCCUGCUGACUGGAGCCACGCUGAUGGGCGUGUCCCUAUUACUCCUUGGCAUCAUUUCUCAUCUCAACGACCACGUGUACGGUUCUAAUCCCUGCCAGGAAAGUGUUCAGUGUACUCAGGCAGCAACAGACUUAACCAAUAAUUUCACAAUACCUUAUUCUACAACGCCACAAGUGUUCAUUGCCAACGAGUCUUAUACAUUGUCGGAGGCGGAGUGGCUGUCAUAUUAUAUGGACAAUUACACUGCUGCCCCACCAGAGGAGCCACAUGUACACAUUCAUGGCUCCACCCUGGGGAAGAUAGCAGCCUUUACAUCUUUGAUGCUUUAUGUGGCUGCUUUUGGAUUCAGUUUUGGUCCAGUGUCCUGGUUGAUUCUAAGCGAGAUUUUUCCCGCCUCUGUCAGAGGGAGGGCCAUCUCUCUUGCCACGGUCCUCAACUGGGGAACCAAUCUUGUUGUAUCACUCACAUUUCUAAAUAUCAUUGAAAACAUUGGGGUCUCAUGGACGUUUGUCAUGUUUAGCGUCGUUUGUGCUGUGUCUGUGAUUUUCAUAUUUUUUGCUGUCCCUGAAACCCGGGGAAAGUCCCUAGAACAAAUCUCCAAAGAGCUUAAUAACAGAUCCCUGAAGUCUGGAAUUCGUGCAUAUUGUAAACGGCUUCACUGCUGCAAUCCACUGACUGGUUCACCUAUAAAGCUGCCAAAUUACCAUCGCGUUCAGAGUACCGACUCCUUCAAUGAAAUCUCUUAAUUAUUUAAAAACUCCUUGGUAUUUAUUGAUGCCCAAAUUUACAACUUUGUCAUGUCAAAGUUAAUUAUGUAUUUAUUUGUAUACAUGUAAUAUUUUUUUUUUUACUUUUUUUUGUUGUUGAGAUUAUUACUCCUUUAGCCAUGACUCAUAUGACAAUAGCUACAAUUCAUGUAUCUUAAUGAAUGUUCAUAUUUAACUAAUUGAACCCAAACACUGCUUAUUUAUUGUAUUUAUAUAUUUUAAGCAUAUCAAAAUGUGUGUACUUGUACUUAAUUUGAUGACACAACUUUGUGAUAUUUCUCUUUUUUUUUUUUUUAUACAUUGGCAAAAGUUUUUCUCUUAGUUCUGGUUUGUAGUUUAUAUUUACUGUACAAAAGCAGAGCAUAUUUUGAGAUAUUGUGAUAAUUUUACUUAUGCCUUUGACUAUUUCAACUUAUGAUAUAAGUCUCUUUAAUUUCACUAAGAUUGUUUAUACCUAGCGUUAUACUGUACAUCCGGUAAUUUUUGCGAGGAUCUAAUUUUCGCUUUUUUCGUGAUAUCUUUUAAAUAGCAAUUUUUUGAAUAUGCAGAAAUUAUAUUCUGUUUCAUAUAUUUUCUAUAAGAAACUUUUUAAAUCGCAAAAAAUGACUGGCGCAAAUUAAAAAUUUUACACAUUUUCCCCAUUUCGCAAAUUUUGUGACACGCGAAAAAAAAAAAACGGAUAUACAGUAUUAUGGCAUAAUAUGUAUAAUACUGUAUUUAGACUGUUUAAGAAAUUAUAUACACUCUACAUAUAAAAAAAAUGAAGACUUCUCUCAGUAGCCUGUGAACUUAUUGAGAGCUGUGUUUUUUCACUACUGUAUUAGCAAUAGUGCUCUAGCUGUAGUAUAGAAUAUCCAUAUCAUUGAGAUUAUUGUAUUCCAAGAAUACUUAUUGUUGUUGUUUAAUGAUUCAUUACUUGACUGUCUCAUGUAGAAAUCACAUUAAAGGGGAGCACGUCUUGCAAAGACCGGUCUGUAGCAGUAAUAUAUUAUACAAUUAUUGUUGUUUUUGAGGUCAAUACAAUGAAUUAGCUACCCGAGAAGAACAUACUGAGCCGAAGGCUCAAAUAGCUUUUUCAAUUUAAAACUGUUAUAUAUCAGUUACUUAUUGUUUAUUAUUAGUUAUUGCUGUAAACCAACUUUUAUGUAGGUGCAGGAACAUUUCACAUGGUUUCUGGAAACCUCAUCUCUUUUUUUUGGCAGCAAACCACUCCUUAUAUGUUUACUUUGAUUCAGAUAUAAAAAGGGACUUUGUUGCAAAACAAGUCACAGGAAACCAGUUUAUCUCUGGUUCAUGGAGUGGUAAAGUUGUUGCAAAUAUAAAUUGAUAUACUUUACAGUAUGGAUUAUUGGAACAUAUGGUAAAUCCUAAUAUAACAUUAAUCAGCAUUAGCACUUAAUUAGAACCUGAGCUUUAAUUCAUAUAAUUUACAAAAAAAAAAUCAUCACAAUUGCAGUCAUACCUUUUAAGCUUUAAUUGAUGUAGGUUUUUUGUGGAUUAUGGAAGGGGGGGGGGGGGGGGUACGGCUGAAGUCAAUGUAGAAAUUGUUGAAUUUUAUGUCGAGUUCUUCACAGGAAGCAUCCUAUAAACUGUGUUUAACUAAGUUCAUGCAUUGAGAUUUGCUGUUGCAUAAAAUUGUUAAAUGAGUUCAUUUUAUGAUUAACAACUUCUAGAACAUAUGCUUGCAUAAUAAAUGUUUAGACCAUGCAUAGUUUUAUAAAAUUGGAGUCCCCAAAUUGGAAUCCAACUUGCAGAUUAUGUGUCAUUCUACCCCGUUUAUGCAUUUUGUAUGUUAUAUUGAAGCAUGUUAAAUUUCAGACUGUUAUAUAUCAUAUAUUUUAUGUUCAGAUUAAUGCAAAAUACCGUUGAAGUUGACCAUACUUAUUUUUUUUUAUAUCAGUUUAUAAUUUCCUCUUUUGAUGCUCUUUAAACUGGUACAUGUACUAACAUGUUGUAUAAAGAUUAGGUAGUAUAAUCCAAUCAAAUUUUGCACUUCAAAAAUUUCAAAAUAGGUUAAUGAAGCAUUUAGAGGGUUGCUAAACAGUCAAUUAGAUUUCUCUUGCUGACACAGUACAUGAUAUGAUAAAAGGUACAAUUUUAAAAAUAAAAUCUUUCUAUGUA